GUUCAGUCAGCGUUCACGGAGACUACGUCCAGGUUUUAGACAGUCUGCGGGGACGUCACGGAGACUACGUCCAGGUUUUAGAUGUAAACAUUUGCAUGUUAGCUCGACAUGUCUGGAGAGUUCAAAUGUCCCAGCGGUCUCAAACGCAGCAUGGAUAAAAUAAUAAGUCAGUUGUGAAAUCACCUGGUUCAGUCCACACAGGUGUGUGUUCAGCAGGUAGGGGCAUGCACGCUGCACCUUUGAGUGUACAGUCAUGGUCGCCAUGGUAAUGGGGCCGGGCCUUCACCGCGGCAACACACCACGCCUCUGCUGUCCUGUUGGCUGAGUACACAGAGAGAGAGACAGGUAAGGUGUGAGAGUCCGCUCAGAAACUCAGGAGAAGUCGCUGUGAUGUCAUCAGGUGAGUUUCUUGGCUGUUUGUCCUGAACCCGUCUCACCUGCUCCAACCGUCUCACCUGUCUGCUGUUCCUGUCGACAGAGCCGCUGUAAGUCUUUGCUAAACCUUUAUUUUCUCCUCGCUGUCCUUCAACAACAGUUUCAGUAACCUUCUCUGUCAUUGGUCGAGAUAAAAGCUUGUGACAUUACUUCAGUAAGUUUGUAGUCUGAAGUAUUCAAGUACUCAAGGACGAGUAAAAACUUAAAGUAAUAAAAAGUAAUAGUACUUACUGCCCCCCCUCAUGAUCAAACCUCGACUGAACUGUGAAACCAUAAACACACGACGACUUUCUGCCCCACCUCAGACCUGCUGCUCGGUUUAUUGCCCCGCAAACAACCCCAGUCUGCCACUGGUGACGUCCAAGACUUCUACACACUGACUGACACAGCAGGAGAGGUCAUUUGUCAACAGGAACAAAAUGGAGUCCAGAGUGGAAGAACAGGAGGAAGACACGCCCAGGUCACCUCCAGAAACCGAGAACAUCGACAGCAGCACGACCACAACUAAAACUACUGAUACUACGAGUACUGCUGCUCGUAGUACGUUAGGUACCACCAAGUCUUCUGACGCCUCUGAUCAUCAGACAGAUGAGGACAAGACGGAGGAAGAAACCUCUGCUGGAGACGAGGAGAAGGACGAGAAGGACGAGGAGGACAAGGAGGACGAGGAGGACGAGGAGGCAGGUGACCGAGGACAGGAUGCUGAUUUCCAGUCAGGAGCUGUUGAGUUUGUCUCUGAGCAGAAAUCUUGGACACCGAGCAGCGACAGACCAGCUCCUCCCAGCAGUCUGGCCCUGUCAGGGUCCCGACCAAAGAAGAAGAAGGUGCUGGUGGCUCCAGCCCUCAGUCUGUCUCUAGGUCGCAGUGAGUCCACGGUUUCAGACGACUUCCCUCCAGCCUUCCUUUCUCCCUCACCUGAGGACGAUGACACAGGGCUGGACCUGGACCUGGACGCCAUUGAGACGCCGUCUGACAGUGAAUCACUGCCUUUCCCCAUCUACGACCUGGACCUGGAAGAUGACCUGCGGCGUCUCGGCGUAGCGUCCCGGCGCCGCAGAGUGUUUGGUUCCAGUCCCGGGUCCAGGUCUGGUUCUCAGGCUGAUGCUAGUUCUGGACCUGGGAUGGACCAGGUUGAACUAGGAGCUCUGGAGCGGGAGGACGUGGUGGACAAUCAGGGCACCAGGUGGCGCUGUUUCUCCACAGGUUUUCCCCUGCAGGAGAGCCGGGUCAACAUGAGUGUCCUGGAGCCGUUUCUCCGGGUGCUGUCACACGGAGGUUACUAUGGAGACGGUAUGAAUGACAUCAUCGUGUUUUCUUCCUGUUACCUGCCGGAGAACAGACUGGAAAACUACCCGUAUGUGAUGGACAACCUGUUCAGGUACGUCAUAGGAACUCUGGAUCUGAUGGUUGCAGAAAACUACGUCAUCGUGUAUCUCUGCGCCGGAGGACAGAAAGACAAGCUGCCGGGAAUCAGCUGGCUGAGAGAGUGCUACACCACCAUCGACCGCAGGUUGAGGAAGAACCUGAAGGGUUUCUAUGUGGUUCAUCCCACCUGGUACAUCAAAGCCCUCGCCACCAUCAUCAAACCCUUCAUCAGCUCUAAGUUCAGCAGGAAGCUCCAGUUUGUCGACAGCCUCCAGGACCUGUCUCACUUCGUCCCCACUGAGCACGUGCAGAUCCCAGACUGUGUGGCACAGUACGACCAGACGCUGUCCAGGUGAAGCUCCAGGUGAAGCUCCAGGUGAAGCUCCAGGUGAAGCAGACCCAGGGCGUGCUGGAGAAGAACACCAAUGAGCGCUCCAAGUCCAAAAAGACGACGGAUCUUCACGGGAUGCUGAUUAGACGGAGCAGGAAGCUGUCUCUGGUCCUCCUCGUGGACUCUGGUCCUCCUCGUGGUCUCUGGUCCUCCUCGUGGACUCUGGGCUCUUUCUCUUUCAGGUUUUUGGUGUUUGAACUUCAUAAAGUCUGGUUUUGGUUUCGUUGGUUGAAGCUGGUGGAGCUGUUGUUGGAGGUGAAGGUGCUGUCAGUAUUCUCGGCAGCAGUUGGACCGGCGGUCCAGCUCGGGUUCUGCUGUGUUGAAUAAAAUGAUCUUCAUGUC